AUGGAAUCAUCAACUGGUUCUUUGGAUACGGUAUGGGCUCGAGUACAUUGCCAGAUUGGAAAUCAGAUUGUUGGAAUACGUAACGUUUUAGAGGCUAGUAGAUCUAAAGUAGGUGAGAAGUACAGGCACAUGCCGUUGCAGCGGAUAAAUCAAAAGGUUUCUCAUCAUUGUUUGUCUGUUCUUUACGAUGAGAUAGAAAGAAUGAGAGGGUUAAGUUAUGAGGUGCAUGAGCGUUGCGGUUGUGCUCUACGGAUCACCCAUGGGAUACCAUGUGCUUGCCAGAUUCAUGAUUCAAUGCGUGAUAAAAAGGGGUUGUAUUGCAGCCAAAAUCAUCCAUUUUGGCAGAGCCUUGUCAUUGGUGAUGGUGUUGAUAUUCCGGAAUUCGUCGACGAGUCGGCAGAAGAAGCAACACAUUUUCGUUCACUUGUCGACGAGGUUUUGGCUAGUGACCCUGUUACAGUUCGAAAUGUUUCUGUUCGAAAUGUUUCUCGCAUCAUUGAAGAUGAAAUGCAUCCGAAUCAUUCAGAUCUUGAAGAGCCAGAAGUGAAUCACUCAACACGGGGUCGUCCACGGGAUCAUUCAACUAGGCGUAACCGUAGCCAUUUUGAGAAUGUUGAGCGUAACAGUAGCGGUUGUAGAGGGAGAAGGCCAGGCCAACAUAGUUCGAGGCAAAACCGUCAAACUGAAUCCGGAGGAAAUGGAUUCAACAUCGAACAAUGUAGGUACGCUCACUUGCUUCCCGAACCUAUAUUGGCUUACAUAACCGGGUGGAAUGAUGUCAUUGGUGAUGGUAAUUGUGGCUUUCGUUGUGUUGCCGCCUUCUUCAUGGGUGAUCAAGAGCAAUGGAGGUUAGCUCGACAAUUCAUGGCUAAUGAGAUUACUGGUUAUCUGCACUUAUAUAGGAGGAUUUAUUACGAAACAGGUGGUUUGAAUUUUAGAUACAACGUAUUCGUUGGAGCGGUGCCCCAGUGGGGAAAGACAUUGGAUGGUAGCCUUUCAGGAUUUACACCAACGAGCUACUAUCCGUGCGUCACUGUGUUACCGUUGCGGGCCCCCGACAAUGCUACUGCACCAACUCGAGAGAUUGUUAUAGCAACUGUUGGUGGGUCUCAUUUUAUACUUUUGCAGCUUGACUAA